AAUUGAGGGCGCGCGGCGCGCGUGAUUUGUGUAUGUAAAGCGCACGUACACAAAAAAACACUGCUCUCACUGCUCGUUCCUUGAGCAUGUUGAGUCGAAACAUCGAAGUAGCAUCCGUCAACUCACUGUAAUAAUGUCUAGAAAGCGAGGACUGAGCUUGGAGGAGAAGAGACAAAGGAUGAUGGAAAUCUUCUUUGAGAGGAAAGAGGUUUUCCAGUUGAAGGAAUUGGAGAAAAUUGCACCAAAGACAAAGGGCAUAACAUCUAUGUCAGUGAAGGACGUUGUUCAGAGUCUGGUUGAUGACGGAAUGGUGGACUCCGACAGAAUUGGAACAUCCAACUAUUUCUGGGCCUUCCCGAGUAAAGCUAGUAAUGCUAGGAAGAGAAAGAUAUCUGAUCUCAGCGGCACCCUGGAUGAAAGCGAGAAAAAGAGAGCAGCAACAAAGAAGCUCAUCGCCAAGGCAACAGUGGGAAAGGAGGACACUGAUGACAGGACAGAGCUGCUGUCGACACUGGCCGAGCAGGAACAGGAGAACUCCAGGCUGAAGGCAGAACUUGAGAAAUACCGGGAAUGCGACCCAGAGGUCUUAGAAGAGGUCAAGAAACAAACCUUGGUGGCUAGAGAUGCGGCCAACAGGUGGACAGAUAACGUCUUCACCAUCAAAUCCUGGUGCAAGAAGAAGUUUUCCAUGGAGGAGAAGACGAUAGACAAACACUUUGGCAUACCAGAGGACUUUGAUUAUGUAGACUAAAUUUUUGAACCUUAUUUUAUUCACUUG